UGUGAAUAAUCCAUAUCAUAAGUUAACACAGUAAUUACAUUAUUAUGUACUUAUUGUUCCAAACUUAUAUAAAACUGGUCUCAAGCUAUAAUUUCUUGGAGAUUAACAUUAAAGAAACACCUAUUUUAAUCAUAAAAUCUCAUAUCCUUUUCUCUAACCAUUUCUCUUAUCUCUCUUUCUUUCUCUGUGUCUCCAUGAACUCUAUUGCUUUUUCAUCUUCAUCAAAAUUUUCUCUACAUGGCCAUGAAGAAACAACCUAAGCCGUGUAGUUUCCUCUUCCACGUCUCUCUUCUCUCUGCGUUGUUCGUUUUGCUUCUUAUUUCUUUUGCUUUGACGGCUUCUUACAAGCGCAAAUCCGGCAUUAAUGGCCUUGGCCAUAAGAGGGUUCUAGCAAGUAAUUUUGAUUUCACACCGUUUCUGAAGAACAAAGAUCGCACUCAACGUCAAAGUCAAAGCCUGACCGGAAAAGAAACCGGUUCAUGGUACAAUGAUGAGGAACGGAUCGUACCUAGCGGUCCAAAUCCUUUGCAUCACUAGCUAAAAGGUUUUUGUUAUACUUUUUUUCAAUAGAUUUUUUGUUGCUUUUUGGAUUAUUAUAGUGUUAUGACAACAUUCAUGACCAUGGAUCAUGAUUAUAUAUUGUGAAGUGUAUGAAAUUGAUGUAACCAUCAUAUUUGUUUAUCAUGGUUUCUUA